GGGACAUUUUUCAUUGCACGGUUGCGGGAGAGUAGACUAAGAGAACUGAGAAGAAACUAUUUGCGUUUGUAUUGUGUUUGAUACAUAGUUACUACGUACUCUUAACAGGCAAGUGUGUAGGCUUCGGCAUGAACGGCUUUAGCACGGAGGAGGACAGCCACGACGGCCCCCCGGCGCCGCUCUUUCACGGUCAGAGCUGCUGCCUGAUCGAUGACGGCGAGCGGUGCAGGCAGCCGGCCGGGAAUGCCUCUUUCAGCAAGCGCAUCCAGAAGAGCAUCUCGCAGAAGAAGCUGAAGCUGGACAUCGACAAGAGCGUCCGACACUUGUACAUCUGUGACUUCCACAAGAAUUUUAUCCAGAGUGUUCGCAACAAACGGAAGAGGAAGACCAGUGACGAUGGCGGAGAGUCUCCAGACCAAGAUGUAGAAGUUCCAGAGGUUGACCUGUUCCAGCUUCAGGUGAACACUCUGAGACGCUAUAAGCGGCAUUACAAGCUGCAGACCAGACCGGGAUUAAACAAAGCACAAUUGGCAGAGACUGUAAGUCGCCACUUCCGGAAUAUUCCUGUGAAUGAGAAGGAAACUCUGACUUAUUUCAUUUAUAUGGUGAAGAGCAACAAAAGCCGACUUGACCAGAAGUCAGAAGGCAGUAAACAGCUGGAAUAGUGAAUAGUGUUGCGUGGGAUACAUCUCUUACAAAUGGGCUUAAGCAUUAACAGAUAUUUUUGUCAGGUAAACACAGCUUGAUUUUACACAAGAGAAUAUUCUUUAGAAAUAAGGAAGCUGAUAAUAGAGGGAAAUGGUCGUAUAUUUGACACCCAUCAACUCUUGAGUAUAUACUUCACAAUGUAUGUUGUGCCAAAAGCAUAUAAUUAUGAAGUUUAUAUAUAAAGUGAUAGUAUUGUGGACAAAGAAAAUAUUAUUUGAUGUCUUGUGACUUCAUAUUAUUUGACCACCCCUUUUCUUAUCAAUUGCUAACCCUCUUUUACUGAGUGUAUCUUAGCAAGUUCAUGUUAUGGAGAAUUUUUUUUUAUGCAUUAGAAGCAUUAUCUGUGCUAGGUGUUGGCAAAUCCAGUCAAAGUCUCACAGGUUUCAAAAUGACCUUCAGUUUACAUUGCUAGAUGUGAAUCCCAAAAUUUAGACUGGGUAGCCCCUCUAAAAGCCUGUCCUGCUUUAUGAAGAGUGUCCAUCCCUAGCCAUGAUAAUGCCUGAUUCUUUUGGUUUUCUCUUUUUAAAUUUUGUUUAAUGUAUUAAUUGUAGUACAUGUAGUAAUACAUGUGGCACUUGUUUUGUUUGACCUAAUGUUAAGUUGGGAUCUUGUAGUAACACCUAAGUUGUGUGUCUUAUUAAAAAAUCCAGAUGUGAAUGUGGUUAAUACUCAGAACGGUCCCAAAGAAUCUGAAAGAACCAGAUUCAGGACGGAUGUUUCUGACCCCUUUUGCCACGAUGUGUUUAAUUUUUCCCCCAUUCCAGUGCAGUUGGAUAACUUAUUAUGUUUAGCUAAAUAUCCAUUUGAGCUGUGAUAGGGAAAUGUAGCAUAUUGUAAAGUGUACUGCAUGUGCUGUCUUCCACGUAAACUGCUGUUUUAGAUGAGAUGGGUUAUCUGUAUUUGUAUAAAUUUUGCUUUAAAUAAAUACCCUCAGUGGUGAUGUUG